AUGUCUACACUAGUUUCUUCUGAAAACGUACCCAACGGCACCAUGUCAAACGGUUUGAGUGAUAAACCAGAUAGGCGCAGCGGCUCCUCAAAGCCCGCGGGUAAGAAACCCCGACAACUGAGGCCGGAGGAAGUGCCCUUUAAGCUCCAGAUAGAGGAGAAGACCAGGAUCAUCGCCAAGCUCCAGACAGAGCUGUCGUCAAUAAACAAUCACAUAAACAGCAACCGGGGAGGAAUGGGCGCCAACGACGAACGCAGCCUCAUAAAAAACAGGCUAGACGAAAUACAAAAUAGAAUAAACACACUCGAUAUAAAACGUUCAGCGUUCCUCGAUGAGCUGGACAAUAAGCAACGCGAUAUAAGGAAGAAGAAUAAGUACCUGUCCGACCUGAAGAGCGCCUCAGGAUACAAGAACGAACAGGAAAUAGAUCACCAAAUCAAGUUUUUAGAGGGGCUCAUGAUGACAUCCUCGCUCAGCCUGAAGGAGGAAAAGUCGAUGAUGUCACAACUGCAGCAACUGAGGAACACUAAGGCAUCCCUCGAGAGACUGAAGAUGGAGUCGCUGAACACUAAGGACUCAGUAGACGGAGUAAUAAUGGGCGUCAAGAGCAACCUGGACUCUCUGAGAGAGGAAAUGAACAUGCUCCGCAAGGCGAAGCGCGAGGAGAGCCAAAAGCUCUUUAACCUGAACGAGAGCAAGAAGAAGAGCAUGGACUCGAUGAAGAGCUACUUCACGGAGAAGUCGCGCCUCCUCAGCGAAAUUCAGGAGCACAUGAACGACAAGAGGAACCUGAUGAAGCAGCUCGAGGAGCUCAAUAACGAGUACUACACAAAACAGAAGCUGCUGCAGCAGCAGAAGAUGAAGAAGCAGCAGGAGGAGCGCGAGAGGAGAAACCUGGAGAACGAGGUCAGGCAACUGCAGUCGCAGCUGGAUAACUGCGACUUCCUGCCGUACGACAAGGAGGUGCGUCUGAUUCAGCAGGUGCUCACCUUCCUCGCCACGCUCGACUCGACCCACAAGGACGCCUCGCAGCCGAGCAAGGAGGUUGAGCAGAAGAAGGACGUGGACAACCUAGUCAAGGAUGACUACGGCAUGCGCCUAGUCCCCAAAAAGGACAGGGACGAGUACUUCAUAUCGCCCAAGACGAAGAAGGAGAAGACCAAGAGCAAGGACAAGGCAGCCAAGUUUAAAAUCGACAUGGCCACAAUGAGCUACUUUGAGAGCUGCGGAGUGGACCCGCCGACAUGCCUCGAGUCGAUUCCGAGUUGCCGCGAGAAGCUGCAGUCUAAGCUGGACCACUACAACACCCUGAGGAACGAGUGCAACGUCGAGGACAUGAAGAAGCAAAUUUCACAGAAGUUGGAGCAGGCUACCAAAAAACUCAACUCUCUUACCAAGUCGCCCAAAACCACGAGUGAUGCCGCGGAGGCAUCUAAUACACAGAGUACCAAUGAAGUUCAGGAGGAAUCUUCUUAG